CAGUUAAUUAGGUCAGUUUUUACCUGUCAGGUGUCAGUAAGAUGGAAAUGUUCAGGUAGGACUUCUUUGACUCAUAUAUUAUAUUUGACGAAGUUAUUAAAUUUGUUUAACGUUUCUACCUGACCUAGAAACUUGUUUUUAAAACAUUAACUUAAAAACAACUUUUACUGUUUGUUAGAACAUAGAAUUAAAGCAGAAAUCAUGGGUAAAGAUUUAGAUAUGGAUACCCUGACGGCCUACAGUCAUUAUUUACAUGGAAGAAUUAAAGAACAGUUAAACUCUUUGAACAUAGGACCUGGUCGCUUUUAUUUUCUCUCUGCAAUGACGCUAUUCGUUUUCGGAUUGAUGUGCAUGGUAGUUGGCAUUUUGGUUAUUACCCUCCGACAUCGUCACGUUUAUUUAAUCAACUUUGACUACAAGUUUCUGGGACCUGGAUUCAUUGUUAUUUUCAUUUUGUGCUUCGGAAUCGGAACCCAUUUGUUGGUUCACGCAAAACAAGUCACCAACAAAUAUCGUCGGAAACUUCGAUUCCGUGCAUUAGGAGAAUAUGGUGUUGCCGUCCUUCACAUUUCACAAAUUCAAAAGAAAGAACAGCAAGGACAUGAUCUAAAAUCAGGUCACCUGCAGCACGUUGUUUCUCCCACUCCUCGUGGAACGUCAAGACACAACCUUGGGUCUCUGGGGGAUGUUAGUAGACAGAGUUACAGAUCUGAAAAGUCACGAGCAUCUUCCCAAGAUUCUAUCGACAAACCAACUGGCAGAAGUGUGAGAGGUCGAAGGGAUCCACAUUUUCAAGCCAGAGUCCAAGAUUCUGACUUUGAUGACAAAAGUGACAGUUCCAGGAGUCGAGAUACCAGAGACGGCCAUAUUCACCCUGAUGAGAGGCUUCAAAGUGCACCUAGAGGUGCACCGAGGGGAAUGCCAAGGGGAAUGCCUAGAGGUAUGCCUAGGGGUAUGCCUAGAGGUAUGCCGAGAGGUAUGCCAAGAGGUAUGCCAAGAGGAAUGCCUAGAGGCAUGCCCAGAGGAGCACCUAGAGGGGCACCAAGGGGUAUGCAUCCGCCACCAUUUGAUCAUGGUUAUCAACCUCAAGGAAAUAGAGGUGGUCAAAUGCGAUUUCAUUCUCCGCCUGGAAAUCAGUCUCAUCACAGAGAAAGAAUUGAAUAUGACCCUCGAGGACGCCAUGUUGAAACCCAUCAGAGUUCAAGGCAACCUACUUCUUCAGACGAUUCCAGAGACAUAAAAGUUGAUACAUCCUCUGAGUCAGAAAUUUGAAAGAAUCACAAGACAAUGUUUUUAUUAAAUUUUAUUAUUUAGUUUCAUACUCUUUAAUGGGAAUUUAAAUACAUUACCCACCACCAUAUUAAACACCCCCCCUCCAAAAAACAAAAUACAUAUUGACCAUUGUGUAAUGCAGAUAUUUUAUAUAAUCAAAUAGAAAAGCAGUGUAAAUAUUUUUUUUUUUUUUUUUUUUCAAUAUUUUAAGCAACUUUUCCUUCAAACACUUUCCUAAAACCUGAAAAAUGUUAUAUUCAAGUUGGAUAUUUGGAAAUUUUUGCUGUGAAUUUAUAUAAUUUGAGAACAUUU